CCAAACACUGUACCAGCGCCUUGUGUUCCGUCAUAAGCUGUACCAGCUUCGGGAAGAGAGAGACAUGAAGCCUGAAACUUUCGCCAGUCUCGUCUCCGCCAUUAUUUACGAGAAGAGAUUUGGUCCUUACUUGUGCCAACCAGUGAUUGCUGGAUUGGGAGAAGAUGACAAGCCCUUCAUCUACACCAUGGACUCCAUUGGUGCCAAGGAGUUGGCUAAAGAUUUCGUUGUAUCUGGAACGGCUUCAGAAUCACUGUAUGGGGCCUGCGAAGCAAUGUACAAGCCAGACAUGGAAGCCGAGGAACUGUUUGAGACGAUUUCACAAGCACUUCUGUCGUCAGUUGACCGAGAUUGUCUGAGUGGUUGGGGAGGGCAUGUCUACGUUGUAACACCAAGGAGAUUAAAGAGAGGAUCCUAAAGGGAAGGAUGGAUUGAGCAGAUUCAUCACUAUCUGCUUGUAUCCAAGUUGUUGUUUUUUGUUGUUGCUGUAAUCUGUUUUUAAUUAGAUUUUAACCAUCGUUUAAUCAUAUUCCUUCUCUGAAAUUUGGAGUUCUGGAUGAAGUUUAAUUUCCAAAACUA